AUGUAUUUCAUGAUCUUUUUCGGUACACACCACACCAAAUACGCAAAAUCAGCCCUACUACUAUUCAAGGAUGCGAUUUGCAUCAAGGAGAAUGGGGAAACUGUAGGCACUAUCUACACCUGGAAGUACACUUAUGAUGGGAAACCGGAAGUAGCAAAAGAGGUAAUUGAACCCAUAGACGAGGAAAAGAGGUCAGUGACAUUCAAGUUGAUUGAAGGAGAUCUCAAGAAGGUAUUGAAGGCCUUCAAAAUCAAUUUCCCUGUUGAAAUUGAUGGUGACAUUGAUUUGACAACAUGGACUCUUGAGUACGAGAAAUUAAAUGACGACGUCAAAGAUCCACUCACUCUGUAG